AUGGCGUACCACCAGUAUGAAGACGGCCACACGGCAUCUAAAUCUGAGCAAGAAGCUCAGCUAGAAGGCCAGACCAUCAUCGAACACGAGGCUGAACGACAAAAGGAAGCAGAACGGGAGUUACGAAGAGAGGUGAGACAACGAAAGGAGCUAGAAGACAAGCUCCGGAAGCUGGAAGCUGAUCUACAAAAUAGGAAUGACCGGGCGGUUCGUGGUGAAAGCCCCUUGGGAGGAGAAGAUCUGUUCACAGAAAAGAUCAUGAGGGCUAAAGUUUCCAGAAAUUUCAAAUCACCCAACAUGGAUCUCUAUGACAGAACGUCUGACCCAAGCCACCACCUCAGCAACUUUAAAAGUAGAAUGUACUUGGCCGAUGCUUCCGACACCACCCGUUGUAAAGCCUUCCCGAAUACUCUAACAAAGGUAGCCAUGAAGUGGUUUGAUAACUUACCACCCCGAUCAAUAACCAGUUUCGACGACCUUGCUAGAAAGUUUUUAACCAGAUUUUCUAUCCAAAAGGAUAAAACCAAGCACGCCCCAAGCUUGUUGGGAGUUAAGCAAGAAGUCGGCGAGACUCGUGACUAUAUGGAAAGGUUCAACAAGGCCUGCUUGGAAAUUCAAAAUCUGCCCACUAAAGCCAUGAUCAUGGGCAUAGUCAAUGGUCUUAAAGAGGGACCAUUCUCCCAGUCAAUAUCCAAACGAUACCCAACUUCUUUGAACAAAGUUCAAGGAAAAAAAUUCCUGACUCAGGAAACCUUUUCCACAGACAAACCUGCCCUACUACCCUCGAACAAAGGAAAAGGAGCCCAAAAAGAGAGAAGAACAGAACAUAGAAAAUAUCAUAACUACACUCUUUUAAGGGUUUUCCUGGUGAAUGUGUACAGAGAAAUAUGCCAUAUGGAGAUGCUCCCACCUCCUCGUCUGAUUAAACACAAGAAAGCUGAAAGUCAGAAAGAAUAUUGUGAGUAUCAUAAGUUCUACGAGCAUUCCGCCAAUGAAUGUUAUGACUUAAAGAAUAUCAUAGGAAAGUUGGCCAGAGAAGGCUGA